GAGCAGACCGAGCGCCCCUUUGGAGCAGCAUCAUGGAAGAACUGUACUCGACUCUCCUGCCGCACGGGCGGGUCCACUGCAUGACGUGGUCAGGAGCGAACCUGGUGGCCGUCAGUCUGUCCGAGGAACUCCCCGACAGCGUCACGGAGAAUAAAGAAAGGAUGAAAACCAACUAUCUGGCCGUCUUUGAUCCAGACAGACCUUGGAUAUUCCACAAGGUGUGUGAGAGCAGGAGUGUGGUUCACCAGUUGGAGUGGUGUCAGGACGGGACUCGACUCCUGGCACUGGACCAGAACAACAUCAUACACAUAUGGAGAAUGACACAACAGAACAUCAAUACGUGGGUUUGUGCACAGAAGCAAGAGGCUGACCCAGCAUCUGGGACUGUCAUACAUGCAGCCUGGCUCGAAUACAAACCAAAGGUUACCAUCAACCAUAGUAAGCAGGUGUGGACGGAGGCAUUGGAGUUCCAGCAGUUCAGCCCACUCAUCAAGAUGCUGACUGGAAACGCAUUCAUAUGCGUCUACAGCAACGGGAAGGUCCAGGUCACCACCACGAACCUCAACUUUGGGUCCAACAAGGCAGAGACGAAACUGGAAGGAAAAGUGGGGAGAGUCACUCAGGCAAAGUCGUUUGUCACGCCCAAUGGCUCAGUCCUGUGUGCAGUGGGAUGCGAGGACGGACAAGUGAGGGUCUACUCUCUCAGUCUCAGCCUCAGCUGGGGGUCAGAGUUCAAACUCUCCUCCAGUCUUGCCACUGGAGUACCCCGAACCUCUACCUACUCCGUGGACACCAUAUCCCACCUUGUGAUGCUGCCUCUACCAGACGGCUGUACACUCCAUGCCUGCUACAAUGGCACUGAGCUGUGUCAGUGGUCAGUGAAGGACAUCACCACGUCUGGAUCAUACCAAGCCAAGAAGGAGAAGGUCUACCAUGCACCUAGUCACAUCUCGUGUAUAUGUGCCUCGUCUCUCUGUCUGUGCUCCCAAGACACUGCGGCAGACAACGAGAUCAUCGUCCUCGACGAGAUGAGUGGUGUUCAGAGCGAGGGGCGGGGCUGGCCCGUGGAGGUACUCCUGGUUACAACUCAGUCUGGUGACAUCAUCGUUCUCAACAGGGAUACCUUCAAGGAGCUGCAGAAGUUUAAACUAUCUCCUCACAAUGAUCCUCUCUUCCCAGUUCCCAAGAAGGCGAGGCUCCUGACUCCUCCCCCCUCCCCCACCUCUCCCCCCACUCCGCUCGCCGUCUGUCUCUCCCCCAAUGCCGGCUGUGCGGCCAUCGCCACCAGCGAGUUCCUCCACCAACUCCACCUCGGAUCUCUCCUACUGGGAGCCAAGGACGCGGGUGCUCCGGAGGUGUCUAGGUGCAGUCGUCUCCUCUCACUGGCCACAGUCACCCAACAGAACCCCUGGGACCUGGUGGCCACGUUGGCACGAGUCGACCGAGUCCAUGGUUUCCUGCAGAGUGUCCUGGCUCACUAUCACACAGACUACCAGAGUAACUCCGGCUGUCUCCAGGAACAGCUCAAGAGACACUACUUCACCACUUGCUCUCUCAUACACAGUUGUUCAGAGGAAGGGCUGAACACUGUGCUCGGAUAUCGCAAUCUCUCUCGUCUCCACGCAACAAACGGUCUCCUGGGGCUCAGUCUGAUGGCCGACUCCUCUUCAGACACUUGGCUCAUGGACUCUAUCACCAGUUUAUGCAGAACCAAUGCCAGUGAGGACAGCGUGGAGACCCUCGGCGGUCAACUGACUCUCUCAGACUUCGUCAUACAACCAGGAACGACGUUACAGCUCCAGAGUCACGUCCACUGGCUACUGGAACUGACCAUUAAAAUAGUGGCAAACCUGCCUUCUGGAAACACCACUUCUCUUCCUGAGCCGAGUGCAUUGGAGCUACUGAGGCAAGGCCUGCUGCUGGUGUAUAUGUGGAACAGGGCUCUCCCCCAACCCCUCAUACCUGUCACUGACGGAGCACUUUCCCUACUCUUCAAAGUCCUCACCAAGUACAUUCAGUCCGCCUCCAAUGAUCUUCCAGACGACAUUGUAUCAGAGAUAUCUGGUAACAUCCCGACAGAGAAGUAUCCAAACCUGCUCACCCUAACAAAAGCUGCUCACCUACAAGGGUUCAUGAAUGGUGUGGUCUCGUGCAAACUCCCGGAGGUCUACCACAAAGACAUGGCCCCCGGGAUCAGACGAGAGGUGCAGGAGAAUUUCACCUCCAUGGACCCCUACUCCCCCCUCACCCUCACGGUCCCCCAUGGUCUCUCUCCUCCCUGGAAGGACUGCUUCGUUGAGGAGCAGAGAGACGUCAUCCACGGAGGAGUCAUCAUGAAGACUCUCAUUCAAAACUCCAAACUCAAGCAGUGCAGCAGAUGUCGGUGUUGGACUGUGGUUCCAGACGGUCUCCAGUCAGCCACCACCCCGACAGCCACGGAGACCAGUCCGGCUGCUCUCACCACUCAUCCCGUCAUGAUGUGGAGACAGAAUUGGUCCGUCUCCUGCAUCUGUGGAGGUCCAUGGACUCUCUGUGUACCCACCAUCACCCCCGGCAAAACAACUUGAACUCGUACAACUUUUCACUGUCUGUUUAUUUUUUAAAAGAUGUUGAAUUUCCGUGACAAAGCCCUGUAAUCAUUCUGCUAUAAUGGAACAGACUAGUGCAAGUUAGUGAUGCACUGACAUAUGCAAAUACAUUGCUAGUCCUGGUGUUCUGCAUGUAGUGAGAUGGUAGUGUCAGACUGUAAGUAGAGAGUGGACCAGUGGCAGCAGUAGACACUGUGGACCCUAGCUCCAGAGCCCACACCACCUUGCCUCGUCUGUCCGUAACCCUCCCAGCCCCAACAGAACAACUCUCCACUGCCACCCACUGCAGCCGAGUGCCGACUCCCACAACUGACAGAAACGAUAUCCACAUCUUCACCACCAACCUCUGGUAUAACGUCAACAAGAGCCGGUACAGUAACUGUGUUUCCCGGUGGAUCUUUCAGACCGAGCUGACUGUCUUGGUUCCAGCCCCAGGAGUAUGGGUCCCCGGUCUGAGACAGCACCAGAUUAUGCCACAGACCGCAAGCUAUAGAUUUCAUAGGGACUCCAGCUAGGGCUUGGAUGAGGGUGGGCUCGCUGUGAGAGGUGAGGUCUCCAUGACCGAGCUGUCCUCUGGUACCUAGUCCAAAGGAGAAGAUGUCUCCAGCUAUAGUCAGCAGAAGGCAGUGGUCUGCUCCACAGGCAAUAUCCGACACCUGAUGGCUGUCCACGUGUAGUUCUCGACUGAGUUUCAAGUGGUGAGACUGAGCAUCGAACACACACUCAUAGAUCGCACCAGAGCCAAGGAGCGAGUAAAUCUGGCCGCUGUUUUUCAGACAGCUCAUCUUGGUAACCUCCCUGAUGGAUUUGUCCUCACAUUCUCUCACUUCCAGCGAAACGCUGGGCCUGCUCGCUACCACUAGCAGUCUUGCUUCUCCAGUGCGCAAGAUUAGCAGUCCAUUUGGAGUCUCGACCACUUCCAAAAUAUCGUCCCCUUGUCGUAGUAACUUCUUGGCCUCCAGAACACAGCUAGCCCAUACUCCAGUACACCGAGAGUGCGAGUUACCGUCCUCAGUAGAGAUAUGUACGUAGAGAGAGUCCCAGCAUGAGCUGACGAAUACUGAUACAGGCGGGGAAGACAGCUCCAACAGCGCUCUUGGUGAGGCUACUGUGAUAUCAGAGGACGUAUUGCCGCCCUCAUUCUCUUCUGUGGGGACGUUCAGUUGGCCAAAACCGUUGAAUCCGAUACACAUCAGUCGCCACUU